AUGUCUAAGGUGGAAGACGAGCCACGUGCUUCCGUUCAAGGUGGAUGCGACGACGAGGCGCAUCGCCGGGUUGUAAUCGGCGGGAACGGUACAAUCGCCGGAUCUGUCACCGGAGAAGGUGGAUUUGUCUCGGCUGAGAAGCCGAUUCAUGAAGCUAGGUCCAAGGAGAUUCCCUCCUCUGAGCCAAAUGCUUCAACUGCCUUUCCAACUCAACUUACUAUAUUCUUUGGUGGGAAUGUUAGUGUGUUUGAAGGAAUUCCAACAGAAAAGAUUCAAGAAAUUCUCCGUAUUGCUACUGCUGCUGCUAAAUCCGCCGAGACAAAGAAUUCUACCAACAUUAGUCCUGUCCCAUCUCCGGCGCUGAACAGAGCUCCUUCUUUCUCAAGCACAUCUACUGUUGCUUCACCAGCUGCACAGUCGUUUCCCAUGCAGCCAAUGUCGUUUUGCAGAUCCGCGGCUGAUCUACCAAUCGCAAGGAGACAUUCACUUCAACGAUUCCUCGAGAAGAGACGGGACAGAUUGGUCAACAAAAACCCUUACCCUGCUUCAGACAUCAAGAAGAAAGAUGUCCAAACAGACAACAAUGCCUCUAUCAAGGAGGAAUAUCCGACUGUUUAG